GGCCGAGGACCCCGCUCCCCGCUCACGUCAGCCCCUCCUCACCAGCACCCCGGCCUCGGCCCGCACCCCUGGGUCCCUUAGCCGAAGCAGGCGCUCCCCGGACCCAGGCCCCACCCAGCACGGUGCCAUCCGGACCCCCUUCCCAGGGGUGCAGAAGCGAGCAGAGGGGGAAGCUUCUCACCCACCCCCCCGGCCCCUCCACUCCAUCUCUGCGUCCCGGGGUGCUUAGGCCCCUAGGAGCUAGCGUCUGCCCAGAGCUUCCUGUCUGGCGAAACCCUCUACCGCACCGAGGCGACGCGGGCUGAUUUCCAGGUGGGCCGCAUUGCGAGGCCUGUGAGCGAUCUUGCAAAUAUCCAGGGUCCCCACGCCAACAGCAGCCCCCUGGCUCCUGGCAGCGUGUCGGAAAACCUCUCUCCUAACGGGGAGACAGCUAGAACGGGGUGAGAGAGACGGCCGUGCAGCGCAGCGGCCCACCGGGGCUCAGGGCCGGCCUGGUGGGUGACCCGCCCUGUGGGUGCACCGUCUGGGCAGGGGGCACGGUAGGGCCAGCCAGGGCCACUCAGAGCCGGUGGCCCCUGGGGAAGGAGCUGGGUGGAGGGGAUGGCGGCACCGUCCCACCCCCCCUGUGGCACAGCGCUCACCGGGAAGAUGGAGGAUGCGGGGGCCGACUUCAACCUGAAGGUGGUGCUGGUCAGUUUCAAGCAGUGUCUCAACGAGAAGGACGAGGUGCUGCUGGACCACUACAUCGCCAGCUGGAAGGGGCUGGUCAGGUUCCUGAACAGCCUGGGCGCCGUCUUCUCCUUCAUCUCCAAGGACGUCGUCUCCAAGCUGCGCAUCAUGGAGCAGCUGCAGGCCAGCCCCCAGCACGAGCACUACGUCAGCCUGCAGUCCAUGAUGGCCUACGAGACGGGGAACCAGCUGGUGGACGUGGACCGCCGCUCCCGCCACCCCGACUCGGGCUGCCGCACGGUGCUGCGCCUGCACCGCGCCCUGCGCUGGCUGCAGCUCUUCCUGGAGGGCCUGCGCACGAGCGCCGAGGACGCCCGCACCUCCGUGCUCUGCACCGACUCCUACAACGCCUCGCUGGCCGCCUACCACCCCUGGAUCGUGCGCCGGGCCGUCACCGUGGCCUUCUGCACCCUGCCCACGCGCAAGGUCUUCCUGGAGGCCAUGAACGUGGGGUCCCCGGAGCAGGCGGUGGAGAUGCUGGGCGAGGCCCUGCCCUUCAUUGAGCGCGUGUACGACGUCUCCCAGAAACUCUACGCCCAGCACUCCCUGCUGAACCUGCCCUAGGGCCUCGAGUCCCACCACAGAGCCUCCGGUGCCUAGACGGGGAGGGCACCACGGCCCCCACAGGCUGGACUUCUGGGAGCCCCAGGCCGCAGCAGAGGAGGCAGGAGGCUUGCCGUCCUGGGGUCCGGGGUGCCCCACCCUGGCCACACGCCCGUGAAACGCUUUGGGGUCACAGGUCCCUGGGGCUGGGGACCCCACCCUUCCUGCGGCCAGCACACCCAUCCCGCCCCCGUCCCAGCUGCAGCAGGGAUGUGGUGUCGGUGCCCGGCUAGCAGCCCCGGAGGCCCGGGUGUCCUUGGCACUGGCUCUCCCGGGAGGUCCUGGGAAGGGGCUUCCGCAGCCCCUGAGCCGCCUCAGGGCCCCGACUCACAGGCACAGCAGGGCUGUCGCCGGGAUUCCUGGCAGCCCCACCAGUCUGCACAGCAUUGUCAGGCCGCCCCGCCCCUGCCCAGCGGGAUGCCACAUUCCUCCGCCCUGCCCGUGGUGCUGCGACCAUAGACGGAGCCGGCCCUGCCUGGCUGACUCUCCGGUGGCCACACCCAGCCCAGCCGUCCCCCUGACUCAGGGCCUGUCCUCUCGCCUCUCACCCCCCUGGCUCUGCAGGGUGGACCCCAGAGAGACCCCUGGGGACACCACCCACAGCGUGGCACAUGUGCGGAACGCAAGCGUCUGGGGCACGCGGGUCUCCUGGAGACUGGUAGUGUGAUGUUUCUCCAGCGUAAAUAAACUGCACUUACAGGA